AUGCCCACCGGGGCCCCGGGGCCGGGCCAGGUGUACAAACAGCUGGAAGCCCGCCACCGUGUCAGCUCCCCGGGCGGGAGCAACCAGCCCGGCCCCGCAGUGUCCGGGGCCGGGGCGCUCUCCGGCCAUCAGGGCAGCGGCACCGGCCCGCCGGGCCCCGCGAGGAUGCUACCGAGUGGCGGCCCCCAUCCCCGCCGCGUGCGCACGCGCAUCGCCAGCCAAGACGCCGCCAUCGACCGCGAGCACCCCCUGGCGCCGGGCCAGCGCGCCGCGGCACCGAGCGCAGACCGAGGCGCCGGCCUCAUCGCCGCGAACGCCGGGGGCGGGUCGGACUCCUGGGCCGGCUAG